CUCUGGGGGCUGCGGGAGUACUUUGUCUGCCCUGCGGUGCCUAGAGGGAGCCUCAGCUGCUACAAAGAUGACUUGGAGACAGGUUCUCCUCCUGUCCUGCUUCUCAGCUGUGGUGCUCCUGUCUAGGCUGCGGGAGGGCACCAGUGCGUCUGUGAGCAGCCGGCAGGCAGCAAGAGACGAGGCUCAGGAAGGUGUGAAGCCAAAGAUUUUUAUGCGGGAAUCAGAUGCCUCCAAUUUCCUCAAGAAACGUGGCAAGCGGUCCCCUAAAUCCCGUGAAGAAGUCAACGCGGAAAACAGGCAGAAGCUACGGGCUGAUGAGCUGCGGAAAGAAUAUUAUGAGGAACAAAGGAAUGAAUUCGAGAACUUUGUGGAGGAACAAAAUGAUGAGCAGGAAGAGAGGAGCCGGGAGGCAGUGGAACAGUGGCGGCAGUGGCAUUAUGACGGGCUGUAUCCUCCCUACCUCUACAACCGCCACCACAUCUGACCUCCCUGAGGCAAACCGGCAAGGAGCCAUGUGACGCACUCCCCUUCUCCCAGGCAAUGCACCUGCAAGGCUCACACAGUCCUGGGAGACACAAUUGCCUCAUCUUGUGAUGCCUCAAACGCCCUGGUUUUGCUUCUUUGCAGGUGAUUUUCUGGGGCUCCGGGUGCCUCUCUAGCACCAAACCUUCAGGUCUGACCAGCUUGGUCAUUGUUCCCUAGAGCAGAACUCCUGUCCUAUAGAACAAUAUAUCCAACUGAAGAAGAGCAAUGGGUACAUGUUUGCUUCCAGCUUACCAAUAAAAAUGCUGUGU